CCUGAGCUGUUGAGAGGGACUCAGAGACCUGAGGACCCUGACCUGUGAAACAAACAGACCAGAAGAGAGAGAGAGAGAGAGAGGCAGACAGCAAGACAACAGACAGAAUAAUCAGAGAAUAAGAACAAGAAUCAGCAGUAACACAUUAGGGAAAUAAAGUAAGAUAAAUAACAAUAAGAAAUAAGGAGAUGGAGAACAUUUGGGCCAGAACCAAGUGAAGUGAUAAAGGGGCAAUCACCACGACAGAGAAAGAAGAGCUGAAACACAGAGUGAAAUAGGAGACACAUUGAUGAGACAAAGAGAGUGAGAGAGACCAGAAGAACCGUGUCUAGUCUACAUCUGUGUGUAGCCCACUUGUGUGGUUGUGUUUGUAUCCACCAUGUGGCUGCUGCUUAAUGUUUGUGUGUUCUGUCUGCUGCAAUAUGGUGAGGGGCAGGACCGUGCCACUCUCUGGAGAGGGAACGACCGUAGCGGGCACUGUCAGUACACCUUCACCGUGCCCAGCCCCAGCGAGACCAGCUGCCCCCCUACAGCCUCCGGAGGACCAGAGAUGGAGGGGCUCAAGACUAGACUCAGCCUGCUGGAGGUAUUGGUGGCCAGGCUGACUGGAGGGGAGACAAGGGAUCCUGGGCUUGGGGCUGGGUCCCAGGCUGGUCUGCAGGAGGCUCUGACGCAGGCCAUGGGAGACAGGAGCCUAUUGCAGGGAGAGAAGGAGCAUCUGGAGAGAGAUGUGGAGGGGCUGCAGAGGAGGGUGGAGGAGAUGAGGAGAGAGACGGAGAGACUGAAGAGCAGACCCUGCUACCCGCAAUCCCCUCUGGUGCCUCCCAGCGUCCCACUACAAGACAGUGGUCUGCGACUUGCCGGAGAUGCUGGUGUUCUCUCUCACCUGGUAUCCAAUGCUGGAAGACAAGGGGACACUGGCAGUUUGAGAGACCCAGCAUGGCGGUAUGGUGGCAAUGCAGGGUUCCAGGAGUUGAAGGCUGAGGUGACUGAGAUUCCUGCUCCUAGUACUGAGGACAGCACAGGCUGUGGGGAGUUGAUAUCAAUAGGAGAGCCAGUGUCCCAUCGUAAGGCUGAUAGUAUAGCUGGUAAAUAUGGGGUCUGGAUGCAGGAUCCGGAGGCUGUGGCGCCCUACGGAGGGAAGAUGGUGUGGCGCAUCGAUACUGUGGGGUCAGAGGUCAGACAGCUGUUUGGUUACGAGGACAUGGACCAGCUCUCUAAAGGCUACCCCUCAAAGGUGUUGCUGUUGCCGGAGCCAGUGGAGAGUACAGGAGCGACUCUGUACCGCGGCUCUCUGUACUACCAGCGCCGCCGCAGCCGCACCCUGCUGAGGUACGACCUGGCGUCUGAGAGCAUCGCCGCCCGCCGAGACCUGCCCCACGCCGGCUUCCACGGUCAGUUCCCCUACUCCUGGGGCGGCUACACCGAUGUGGACCUGGGGGUGGACGAGCAGGGCCUGUGGGCCGUCUACAGCACCAACAAGGCUAAAGGAGCCAUAGUGGUGUCCCAGCUGGACCCACACAGCCUGGCGGUGAAGAGGAGCUGGGAGACCAGCAUCAGGAAGAACAGCGUGGCUAACGCUUUCGUCAUCUGUGGCCGUCUCUACACGGUUGCCAGCUACACUGCUCCUAACACCACCAUCAACUUUAUGUUCGACACAGCUACAGGCCAGGGGAAGCAGGUGGCGCUACCCUUCAGGAAUAAGUACCGCUAUAACAGCAUGGUGGAUUAUAACCCUGCCCAAAGGAAGCUGCACGCCUGGGACAACUUCCACAUUGUCUCCUACGACGUCAGGCUGGGUCACCAGUAGAGGAACUCACAACAAAAACCUUUCAAAAAGACUUUCUCUUGUCUUUAGAGCAGUUAGUGUGGUAGUCAGUGGUUAGAAUGCUAUUUUUUACCACCUUCAUCGAUGCGAAGGUUUAGUAGUUACCAAAACUGGCCACAGCAGUGAUUGAGAUGAAGCUUUUUCAAGCAAAUUGUGUUAUGAAUAAAAACCCCUGCAGGUAUCUUGUUUCAGUGGGAAGGCUUUUGCUGUGGCACAGUCCACAAACAUGUUUAUAGAGGAAUUAUUUUUCUACUGUUUAGUUGUAAGAGAUCGGCUUUUAUUGUGUUUUGAUGUAUAGUGUUGAAAGGGAGGUGAGGGGGCAAAGAAUAAAUAGUAAAGUUUACUUCUUGCAUACUGUACCAUUGGUCAUCAUACAAACUGUAUUGUGUAUAAAACUCCUUCUGACCUGUGCAUUGUACACCACUAUUACAUUAUGUACAAAUUCAUACAAAGGUCAAAUAAAAGGUAUCCAUUCUAAAUAACAA